AACCAGAAUACACACACAUGGAAUAAAGUGUAGCACACAGCAUUAUGCAUUAUAUUGUAUGGAAUCAAAGAGUAGUAGCAGUAGUGAGUAUUUAAUGUACAUUUUGUGCUAUUAUUGCAUUGACCAAGUUGCUCUUCCAUUCUAUUCAAUCGUGAAAACAGACUACACACUAAUAGCGUGUACGUAUGUAAGAGAGCUUUUGGUGGUUUUGGGAAGCGAGUCUUCUUCUUCGUCUUGUAUAAUCCUCAGGUUUCUGUUUUCCAUCCUCAGUAAAGGUUUCACAGCGGACUUGUUAACAACAACCCAAUAAGCAACCUCUCGACGAGGAGGCAAAUGUUCCAUACAUAACCGGCAGACGAACCCUUAUACAAAAAAUUCUCUCAUUUUACAUUUGAACCCUUAUUAACCGGGAAUAACGAGUGAAAAAAAAUAUUUCACACACCGCAUCGAUUUAUAAAAGAAAAAGUGUGUUAAACGCUUGCAAAAGCUAUAAAAAGUGAGUAGUAGAAAUUCAGAGAAAAAGUGGUAUCACAAUUCAUACAGCGUGUUUGUUGUAUUUACAGAUCUGCGGAUUUACUACGACUACUACGAUAUGUGAUAUAUGCAGUUUUGUUUGCCACUCGUAUGUUACGGUUCACGUACUUGCAAUCUGAUCAGCUAAAUACUACCAACCGAUUACUGCAACGCGUGAGUGCAAGUUCCUAUAAAUCUCACCCUCUUUCACACUAAAUGGGAGGAGGAAGCCAUCCACCCAAAAUGCUGCUGAUGCUCUUUCGAAUGUAAUGAAGGAGCAGAGUUAUAGCAGAUUAAGUAACAUUUUAAAGAUACGUAACACAACUUGGACAUUGUGCACAAUCAUAUCACAGAUUUGGCUGUUUUGAUUGAUAUGUUGCUGGCUGUUGCCGUCCUGUCGGACUCCACAACCACUUCACAUUGAUUUGAUCCAUUUUUGUUGAACUGUUGUCAAACUGAUACAGAGACUUUUCAAAUUAUUGAUAAGAACAACGACAACAAAUACCACAUUAGUUAUUGUUGCGUUACUUACGAGCCGAGUGUUCAUUCUCCUCUAACAAUAAUUCAGCUCUUCUUGGUAUGAAACUUGUAAUUGCCAGUGCGGCGUCGCUCCCUCGUGAACCUGUAACGUGUGUGUGUGUGUGUUCAUAUGAAUAACAUUGAAUACAAUCAAUAAAUAAGGAGUGAUUUACAUAUUUAUUAAACUGGGCAAGAGUUGGCCAUGCAAAAGUGAGGCUUCUGUGUGUGUGUGAAAAAGGAAGGAGACACUGUUGUGAGACAUGGACACGUCUCUUGAUAUCAGCCAGUCAAAUGAAAAAAGGUUACGAGAAGAAGAAGAAGUGUCAAUUGCAACGGCGCCAUAUUAGACAAGAAGUAUAAUAAUUUGUCAUUUUGGCUUUUGGCUUGGUCUCGCCCUGAUCACUUAACUGACUUAACUAGUUGUGGUUGCGGUGCUCGUCUGCCAAAUAAACCACCACAAAAUCCUUUUUCAGCAGCAGCAAGAUUAUCGUGUCUCUCCUAUCGUCUCAAUUGUUGCGACUACAUCGUAGUUCCACAACAGCCGUGUAAAAUAACAGAACAUUGGGCAUCUCGCUGCAAAAUUGCAUCAAACUCUCUUCGCGAGGAGAGACAAAGACAAACAGAGUCAACAAAGCUAUAUGUUGUAGUGAGAGCCCAAAUAAUCAUUCAUCAUCACAAUUCUUCCUCCAAGUUGCGAUGAACUCAAUCUGAAACAUUGGCGUAGUUUUAUCCCAAUCUUCUUGCCAUUUGCUACACACAUAGCUCGUUCGUUCGUUCGUUUAAAUAGUGGAUGGACCACACAUGACACAUCUUUCAAUGCAAAAAUUAUGGUGACGAUAACCUCAAUGAAGAAGAUUCAAGAGCCGGAUCUCCUCCAGGACCAGCCCCAUCGAAUGACAAAUAACCUCAACAAACAUCGCGCCUAUCGACUAGACCAUCCUAAAAGUAAAACAAGGCGACACUACCCUUCAGAAGAGUCAAACUCUUCAAUUUCGGCAUGCACAACACUCACCUCCGUCUCCUCGUCCUGUUCUUCUGAUGAAUUUUCACCCGUUUCCCCCCUCUCUACCUCUCACGACGUGGUCAUUGAAGGUUUAGAUGAAAAAACUCGGUGGACUCAGGACACAAAUGUCGAAAAGCCAAAGUCGAAGAAUAAAGGAACAAUUCGACAUCCUCCCCAGAAGCUUGCACCAUCUUCUCAAGCCUGGAUUCGUACCAAAGGUAGCUCAUCAUCCUCCUCGGGCAGUCACCACCACCACGGAUGGAGACCUUGUUGCUGCAUGUCAGUAGUGGCCACUACAAAGCAAUUGAUAGUAUUAAUAAUUGCUGCUAUAAUUGUGUCCAUUUCCGUCGGUUCUCUUAUAGCUGUUGUGUUAAGCAGACUUAGUCAUUCAGAAGUGGUCUCAUCUUCUUCUUCCAUUGUUGUUGGUGAUAGAAAAAACGGGGAAGGUUUGGUGGGCAGUGGUUCUCUGUCAUCUAGUGAUAUUAGUCAAAUAGACGAUGACAUCGAGGAAAGUGAGGACAUGGAAUCGGAUACUUAUCAGUAUGAAGAAUUAUCUUCUUCUGAAGUGCACACUAGUGAAAAUUCUAACUUAGACUUGAAGGAAGUGUCCCGGCUAAGUUGGAAUAUGCUAAACAGUAAUCAAGAAAGAGCCAAUAGUGGGAAAGGUGCCAGUAGUAGACAUCGUCAUCAUCACUCCCAAAGCCAACAACAACCGAUUUCUUCGUCCUCAUUUUCCGGAAUGUCAGGAGGUGGAGAAGUGGUUCUCCCUUCAAAGAUGAUAUUUACAUCUUCAUCGGACGAUGAGCUUGACACCUCCAGCAAUUUGACCCCCAAUUCAAGUGGAGAGAGCAACAAGAAGAAACGGAGUUGCUGCAGAACUCAAAAAUACUCUCAAGUCAUCAAAAGAGAUGGCUGCGAACCUUUGACCGUAAUGAACAAAAUGUGCUUCGGACAGUGCGUGUCGGUUUGGGUCCCUGGACUGUUCAGUUCGUUCCCUGUCUGCAAACCAUCGCGGUCUAGUUGGAAGACGGUCAUUUUGACUUGUGGAAAAAAUCGGGAUAGGAAAAAGCGUGUAAGAAUUGAGAAAGUUCGGAGGUGCUCCUGCAUGGAGAUCGACCCAACAGCAGCAUCGCCGGCAUCAAGUAAAAGGAGAUGACGAUAAACACGUUAUGAAAACAAAUUGUUCCCGUUCCAUAAGUUCAAAUUCAUGCAUUUGCAAUACAGCUUCUGCUAUGAAAGUCUGUGAUAUUAAUACUCGGAUAAUACCAAUACAUUAUCCACAUUUGAAGGUCUACGAUACACAUAAGUUUACAUAUAAUCAUAAGAAUAGAUGUUAAGUAUUAAAAAACAUACUACUAUUAACAAUAACGGACAUCAUACUAUUUUAUGAUUUUAUACAUAAGUAUUUAAUAUAUUUGAUAAUUGCAAUGACAUUUUAAAAGGUUUGUGAAAUUCUCUAAGAUUUUACACGUGUCCCAAACCAGCCAAAUGAACUGAAUACCAUAGUCAAUUUAUUAAUAUCGAACUCCUCAUUACUUUUACGUACAAGUAUCUCACUCAGCCAUUAUGGGCAGCUAUUCCCAAUCUCACGUACCAAAUCAUUAAAUAAAUACAUUCAUGUUCAACAAGAA